AUGGCAGGUGGCGCCUGGUCCACGCCCUGCUCCAGGCGGCUGGUCCCCGCGCGAGCCCCGUCCACGUCCCCGUCUGGCCGUGCCGUCGAGCGGCCCCAGAAGGCGUUGCGUGUCUGCCGGGCCCAUUGCCCCGAGCAGCAGGAAGGCUGGAGCCGGGCGCAGGGGAAGCAGGGCGACCCGGGCGCUGUCGGCGUCCUGCUGCUGCCGGGACUGGAAAUGGGGGGCUCCCACUUCUACCAUCAUUUCUACACGGGGAUGUCGAAUCCCAGCACGGACGUGUCCCGUUUCACUGCCGUGGGCUACGUGGACGACCAGCAAAUUCUCCACUACGACAGCGAGACGCGGAGACAGGAGCCGUGCAGGGACUGGGUGCAGGGGGCCGUCGAUCCAGACUUCUGGGACGGGGAAACUGUGACCUUGCGGGGCUGGCAGAGGGGAUUUGCCGCGAACUUGGUCACCCUGCAGCACCACUACAACCAGAGCAGGGGGUCUCGCCCUCUCCAGCUCACGUACGGCUGUGAGCUCCACGAAGGCCACAGCACUGGAGGCCACAUGCAGUUUGGCUACGACGGGGGAGACUUCAUCAGCUAUGACCCAUGCACGCACACCUGGGUAGCAGGGACAACGCAGGCCCAGUGCACCCAAUACAAGUGGAAUGAGGCUAAGGCCAUGCUGCAGAGUGCAAGAGCCUACCUGGAGGAGACCUGCAUCGCGUGGCUGUGGCAGUACCUGCAGCACGGGGAGGCAGCGCUGCAGAGCAAGCGCCCCGUGGCACAGAUGAGCGACCGUCCGUCAUCACGGGAUGGACGCACCACCCUGUCCUGCCGGGUCCACAGCUUCUACCCCAAGGACGUGGCUGUCAUCUGGCUGCAGAACGGGGAGGCACAGCCCCAGGAGACGAGCUGCUCGGGGGUCCUUCCCAGUGGAGACGGGACCUACCAGACCUGGACCACCAUCGAGAUCGACUCGAGCAGCAACCACAGCUACACCUGCAGCGUGGAGCACGUGAGCCUGGGUGCAGCCCUGAGAGUGGCCUGGGACAAGGGCAGGACGGGUGAGUGA